AUGGCUUCGACUCAAGAGGACAAGAGGCCCGAAAUUGGCAUUAUCGCAGGGCUGAGCGCUAUUGGUGACAAGGCUCUUUCGGAGAAGGAUGCCGAUGUCACUCUUCGCUUCCUCGAGAAAUAUGAGGCGGGUGCAGAGCCUUUGGCUCCGGCGGAGCAGAAACGAAUGCUGUGGAAGCUGCACUGGAGGCUUUUCGCUCUCAUCAUCAUCAUAGAUCUGAUGUUAUAUAUUGACAAGGCAACCCUCUCCUACGCUUCUAUCUUGGGCAUCUUUGCCGAUACUCAUAUCGGGAAUUCCCAGUAUAACAAUUUGAAUACUAUAUACUAUGUCGGCUACGUCGUCGCGCAGGCCCCCGGCCACUGGCUCAUGCAGAGGCUCCCCCUCGGUAAAUACGUGGGUGCUACCAUUUUCUCGUGGGCAGUCCUCGUUUUCCUUCAUUGCGCUGCAUACAAUUAUGGCGGCCUGAUUGCCCUUCGGUUCUUUCUCGGGGCCGUGGAAUCGUCUCUCGUGCCCGCUAUGGAAAUGUCUCUCGGCAUGUUUUUCCAGCCUCAAGAACAGACUGUCCUACAGCCUCUGUUCUGGAUUAGCUGUAUGGGCGCCCCCAUCCCUGCCGGCUUCAUUGCAUAUGGUCUGCUGUGGAGCGAGAGUUCCGUACCUCCGUGGAAGCUUUUCAUGAUCAUAACCGGCGGCGUCACCCUUUUCCUAGGCAUUUACAGCUGGUUCUACUACCCCAGCAACCCGACCGAUGCACGCUUCCUAAACACGCGUGAGAAGGUCUUUGCAAUCAAGCGCGUUCAUGAGGUGACGCGAAGUUCAAUCGAGCAAAAACGCUUCAAACCGUACCAGUUCUGGGAAGCUUUGCGUGAUCCGAUUUCAUGGCUGUUUCUUGCAGCCUCGUUCACUCUGAUGAUUUCAAACAACCUAGCCUAUCAACAGAAUCUACUCUUCGUUAGCCUCGGCGUGUCUACUCUCGGCUCGACCUUGGUCUCGGCAGCAAGUGGCGGGUACGCGGUCGUCUGCUGUAUUAUCGCUGCAUUCUUGCUCCGAUGGUUUCCGGGGAAGAUUGCCCACUGGGGUUUGUUCUGGUGUCUUCCGGUUCUGGCUGGCGGUAUCGGCAUGGUCACGGUGCCAUGGGGGGAAAAGCUCAAUUUACUGGCCUGUCUGAUCCUGGCUGGAGGCACCUUUGGCAUCACAUACAUUGUUGCGCUUGGUUGGACGACCUCCAGCGCCGCUGGCUAUACUAAGAAGAUGACUCGUAACGUCAUGUUUAUGGUAGGGUAUGGAAUCGCGAAUAUCAUCUCGCCGCAGAUUUGGGUUGACUCCACCGCACCACGAUACUAUCCUGCGUGGAUUGUACAGAUCGUGGUCAGCUGGGUAGGGUGCCCCUUGUGCCUUUUCGUUAUUCGGUGGAUUCUCUCUCGGCGCAAUGUAGAGCGUCGCCGUUGGAUCGCAGAGCAAGAGGCCCAGGGUAACUCGGGCUUUGGGUACGUUGAGAAGAUCGAUGAUGAAGGCAAUGUCGUGACAGAAAAAGUUGAAAUUUCCCUGUUGGAUUUGACCGACUUGGAGAAUAAGUUUUUCAUCUACCCACUCCUCUACAGUGCUUUACUAUCUCGCCAAAUCUAG